AUGUGGACUUGCGGAGGAUGGGAAGCGUCCGUAUCUGUAUUGGUGGCACGGCCGCCGACGGACCAGUCAGAGGCGCGGACGACGGCCUGGAACGGAGUCGGGGGGACCUGUGGAUGGACUUUUCCGCUGCCCGGACGGGACGAGCAGCAGCCUGUGCUUGGGGCCCCCCCCAGGGCUGGCCUGGCCUCGCCUGCCUGGGUCUGGCUCCCCGCCGGGCGCCCGCUGAGCCGGGACACUCGCGGCGCUGGAAGUGCCUGGGCCCGGGGGACGAGGGCGCUGUUCCAGCCCGCCCGGUUUCGUACAGUGUCCAAGGUGCCCGCCCGCUCAGUGAGGUGGCGUUGGAUAGGGAGGUGGUGCUCGGCCUUGGCCCUCCCCAAGCCCUCCCGUCCUGUCCAUUCCAAGGUUUCCAACCUCAAAGUGCUAAAAGACGGGCCCUCCACCGUGCGUGUCACGGAGGCCAUUGCCCAGACAUGGCGGCACUGCGAUCCGGACUUAGGUUUGGAUGCCUCUCACUGUUGGAGCAUAAUACGGGACUGCUGGAACCGUCUCUCGGGGGGUCCCGUCCCGAGGCAAUCGGGCGACACGCUGAAGCAGCAGAGCCGGGUUCCAGGCGGACACGGAGCCUUCAACCGAUCUGUCCAUACCUUUCUCCUGCCCCUGACUGAGAGUGCCGCCCGGCGACGACAGAAGCUUCUGCGCCGACUCCGGGCCCUGGACUGGGCAGCCACGUCUCUGCAGACGCGGAGGCGCAGCCAUGCCGUACCAAUUUCGUCCAAGCACGAGCAAAACAGGACGAGCGACGCGGUGAGGAGGGGGCGGCGAGGCGCCAGAGGGGAGGACAAAGAACCUGGCAAGGUUUUGAGUUUGGGUCGGGUGGAGGGCUGUCUCUUAUACACAUCUAGAUGUGUAUAA